AGUGAGAUAAAGAGGUUAGAAAAACACAUUUAAUCUCCCAGCACUCUAUAUAAAAAAGAUCAAUGAUGUGGUCGAUCAGUGGACACAUGCUGCUUUUGUUUAUCUUCAAGUCAGUUCAAACUACAACGCCUACCCGAACACCAUUGAAUCUAGACGUACAGACCUCGUUUAACAUUACAGAUUACCAGUUAUUCCCUACACUCUACGAUACAAUAAUUUCCAUGACAGAAAGUCCAAAUUUACCAGCAUACCGUUGCUAUUGGUUACCCACGUGUAUUUGUCGGGACGAAUCCGACUAUACGAAUGGGACAUAUAAACUUAUGGUCAACUGUACACAAAGUGGACUUUAUAAUAUUCCAGUAGGUAUACCUAACUCGACAACUGUUCUUACACUGGAUGGAAACUAUAUAAAGGAUAUCAAACAUGGAGCUUUCAAGAAUUUGGUCAAUUUGAAAUACCUUGAUUUGUCGAAUAACUUAAUUGAAGUGCUAGAUGAGAACGUAUUUGAAGGUCUUGAAAAUCUUCGGACACUUGAAUUGGGACAAAACAAAAUUCGCUACAAUAAUUAUUCUUUACCUCGUUUAAUUUUCAAUCCCCUGAAGAAGCUUGAAAGAUUAAAUCUACACCAAAGACUAGACAAUAUAGAUAUAAAUGAAUUUUAUCCAACAGAGACAUUGAAACAAUUGAAAACUUUGAAACAACUUUUGAUUGACGGUAUUGAAUCUCAUAAAUCACAUGCAUUUUCUAACAUGCCAAAUUUAAAGACACUUGACUUGAGUAGCGAAUACGGAAGGUGUAAUCUUACAAAAAUUGUUGUUAAUAUGUUUAAAGAUUUAGACAGUGUUUAUGACCUUAAAAUCAGUAACUGUAGCCUUGACUGUGUUGAAAAAGGCAGUUUUGCUGAGCUAAGAAAUCUAACGAAGUUGGACUUAUCUUUCAACGAGGGACUUGAAUUCAAAAAUGUAGCUAAUAUAACAUAUGGCUUACAAGGAAAACAUAUGAGGGAAAUAAAACUGGUAAAAAUCCAUAAAACGUUCGGUGAUUGUACACGAUUAGAAAAGGACCAUCUUGUGUAUAUGAAAAAUGUAACAAUACGAGACCUUUACCUUGAUAAUAAUCGACUUGCAUAUGUAAAUGAGGAUGCAGUAGAAUUUAUACCGAGGAGUUUACGCAAACUUUCCGUUACAAACAAUAUGCUGCUAGCUGGAGAAUAUAUUCAUAAAAUGUUUGAGGAAUCAGUAUUGAUAAACUUGAAAUUUCUAAUUUUGACUGACCAGAGCAUAAACUAUGACGCAGUGAAAUUUUUUAAUAACAAAACGAGAUAUAUGCUGAGAACAAACUCCCUGAAAAACUCCCAAAAAGUUCCAAACCAGAAAACGAAAUUUGAACAAGAAAACGGUCAUAAGAGUGAAAAAGAAAGAAAAGUUGAUGACGUGCUACCACAUUGCAGCAAUUGUCAUUCGCAAGGGGUCAAUUUUGAGACUAUAUUAUAUGUUCCUCCUGGAUUAAAAGACCUUGAUCUCAGUGGAUUACAAAUCAGAAACGAACUCAGAAAUAUAUGUUUUUGUGAACCGAACUUACUUUUGAGAAUGAAUUUAGAACGAAAUACAUUUUGGAGCUGGAAGGGACCGAUUGCGGGAUUGUCUAAGUUAAUUAAUCUCAACCUUGCAUGGAACUCCUGUGAUGACUUAUCAGAAGAUGCUUUUGACCAAUUUGAAAGUUUAAUACUUCUGGAUUUAUCGCGAAAUUUCAUUGAAGAGUUUUUAAGAAAAGACACAGAAGGAAGAAUUUUUAAGCACUUGAAAAAA